UACAAUUUCAAAAUUACAGUCUCCUUGUCUCCUUUUAACCUAUCUUUAUUUCCAUUGUGCUACCUCACUUCUAUCUCAAAUGGUCCUAUUUCUCCCUUCUUGCUUAAUGACUCACAAUUUAUCCUUCCGCCCACAUUCAGACGUUCUAAAGAAGCUUUCACAAUCCCUGUAAGUAUUCUUCCCUAUUAUACUCGCAUAGCACAAGUAUCUCAAAAGCAUAAGAAAUUCCUGGAUUUGUGAUUUAUCAAUUAAUAGCUCAGUCACUGUGUAAGAUUGUGGCAAAUAAGUACCAUAGUGAGAAGUUGAAUGCUGACAUAUUGUAACUUCAAAACUUUCCUUUUAAAUUACACCAUACACAGAACCUAACAGGAAGUGUUUGUUUAUUUAUUUAUUUAUUUAUUGCACCAGGGAUCGAACUCUGGUCCUUGCGCUUGUGCUUGUGAGGCAGGCAGCGGAACCACUGAGAUAAAUCCCCGGCCCCAGGAAGUAUUUCUUAAUGAAAUUACCCCAGAGACUCUUCCUCGACUUGAUUUCAGUUCUAAAUUGGCUACGCAAGAAUACAAGUUAUUCAUUAGCAAUAUAUACUGGCUAGGGUGUGGUUCCGAGAUAAGGAACUGAAAGUCUUCAACCUGUCUCCUUAGUUCUGUGUCAGUAAGCUCUUGAGACAAGUCCCAUUUUUCUGAACAAGUAUUUUUAAGGAAAUCUGAUGGGAAAACAAUUCGAGGACUACACGUCCGAUUAGGGAAGUUUACAAGAGUUAGACUCAUCUGCUAGUUUACCAGUAUUUCUGCCUUCCUGUUGAGCUAAAUUGCUUGUUUUGUGGAAGAGCAAAACCCAGCAGCAAACAUCUGAAAUGAAGAGGAGUCCUCGAACUUUUGAGGAGCAAACAGAAUGCAUCAUCAACACUUUACUCACGGACUUAUUGAGCCCAAGAGUAGGGGUCACUAAUCGGAACCUAUGCGGUGUAGAUGAACCAGACUCAGGAGAGGCUUCCUCUUUUGAUGAAGCUGUCAUUGUUGGACGACUUCGGAUGAUAGGUGACCAGUUCAAAAGUGAGAUAGAAACUUCUGCCGGUAAUGUCAUCGCAGCGACGACUGGGGGACAGGCAGGAGCUGUGCUCCAGCACACAGUGCACUCUCUCUGCCAGGCCUGGUGUACGCAGGAUUCCAGCCUCGCUUAUGAGAAAGCCUUUCUGGGAGUGUCAGUAAAACUUCUGGAAUGUGUGGCCCGUGUGGCUCCUGAAGUGGUAAAACAGGUGGCUGUGACAGUGAUAGAUACGAUCAACAGGAACAGAGCCAUCUGUGAGUUCAUCCAGGGCCUGGGAGGAUGGGAAAAUCUGGAGAGCUGAAGACAUUUAAUUAUUCUUGACUGAGCUUCACUUCUUUGAUCAGCUGAUUAAUUUCUAACAGUUAAACAGACAAAUUUAAAAACCACUGUACUGCCGGGUGUGGUGGCGCACGCCUGUAAUCCCACCACUCCAGAGGCUGAGGCAGGAGGAUCACUUU